UCAGUUAAAGUUAUUAAAUGGACAAAUAAAGGCCAAGUUACUGUAAAUAACAUUUACAAGCGUUUACAUUUAUUAACAUCGUCAGUUGAUGUCCAAGAUUUUAUGCAGGCGAAGAUGUUUACGCACAAUCUUAUAAAAAUAUUAAAAGCGGCUAUAAAAAGCUACACAUUUUCAAGUAAAUAUUUGUUUACAUGCUUUAAAGCGUAUCAUUAUGUGUUUCUUCCGAAAAAAGUGUCGGGUUUGUUGGCUUGACUCGCAUCGCGUAUAUCAAAUAAAGACAAUAAAAAACCCAAUAUACUCAUUUUAUCUAUUAUGCCUAUGAACUACUCUUACAAUAAUAUUUAUUUGUAUGAUACGGAUUCACUUGUUUAAACGCUGCUGAACAGUUCUAAGAUAAGACAACAGCCGAAGUACUUGGCACAGACUGUUGAGUUAAGAUGAAAAUGUAACUGUUUGGUGAUGCAAUUUAUGUACUCGGAGCAUGUCCUGGUUAUAAUGUUACAACUAUUAUUUGUUUCAUCGUAAUGUCUCGCCACUGUGUUGGUUAUAGAAAAUGGACUGAGAAAUUUUGCAAGGAUGCAGUAUAUAUAUAUGCCAUUAUUUACCAUUAAGAGAUAAAGUUAGUUUGCUUAAUGGAGUCUUUAGUGACAAAAGAGAUGUAAGAUAUUACUUCAUCUUCUUCACAACUGCAAGAAUUACUAAACGGGAGAAUCAAUCCUGGGCCAACUUGCUUAAUGAUGACGCAUGCCACUAGAAAGGAGGAUACUAGAAAUACUAGAAAGGAGGCUUUGAAUACUAGAAAGGAGGCUUACUAGUAUUUAAUUGCUCAAUAUAGAAAAAUUUCAAUGAAUGUAUGAUGCCAGCGACAUGUCUAGACCUUUCUCAAACGAAUAUCUGAGGUAUAUUUUGGAGAUUGGAUACACAGAAAAAAUAUGACAGACAUGUGGUUGUUACAAUCCUUUUAAGAUGUAACAUGGAUUGAACUCAAUCACUUUAAAGCAGCUUGAUUGUCUGAUGAAAUUUUGUAUCAACUGUUUAACUGGUGGCAUGUAUAUGGAAAGUCUAAUUAUCGGAUUUGGAUUGCUUAUACUCCAUACGUCGUUGUUUCGGAAGUUAAAGAUAUAGAGUACGUUCUGACUAGUAAUACUCUACAAAGAAAAUCCACCGUAUAUGACAUGCUGAAUCCAUGGCUUGGCACUGGUUUACUUACAGGUUAUGGACCAAAAUGGUUUAAGCAUCGAAAGAUGAUAACACCUUCUUUUCAUUUUAAAAUACUGCAAAAUUUCCAUGACGUUAUGAACACGUCUUCAGCGAGAUUUAUAGAGAAAUUACGCUCGGCUUCGAUGGGAGAGACAAUUUUCGACUUUCAACAUAUGGCGCACUACUUGACACUGGAUAUCAUAUGCGCAACUGCUAUGGGAGUUGAUAUUGAUGCCAUGAACAACAGUGAUAGCGAGUUGGUAAAGGCUUUUAAGGAUAUGUGCUUGAGUAUUAAUAUGCGUGCCUAUCACCCACUCAAGCGCUAUAUGUUUAUAUUCAAACAUAUGCCUGAGUAUGUAAACUAUGCGAAAACUUUAGCAGUUCUCCAGAAUUUCACAAAUGAGGUUAUUGAAAAACGAAUGCAAGCUUUAGAAAAAAGUAAAAAUAAUGAAAGCGGUGCUGUAGACGAUGAUAGUGAAGAUUUUUCUAGAAAGAAAAUGGCCUUCUUAGAUACGUUACUGACAGCUACAAUCGAUGGUAGGCCUUUAACAAAGCAAGAAAUUUAUGAAGAAGUUUCAACAUUUAUGUUUGCGGGUCACGACACCACAACAUCUGGGAUAGCUUUUACUAUAUAUUUGCUUUCUAGACAUCCAAGUGUGCAACAAAAGGUAUAUGAAGAGCAAGAAAAAAUUAUGGGCGGUAAUAUGAAACGAGAAGCCACAUUCCAAGAGAUAAGUGAUAUGAAAUACUUGGAUUUGGUGGUGAAGGAAUCACAGCGUUUGUACCCUAGUGUGCCAUUGAUUGCGCGUCGUGCCGAUCAACAAUAUGAUAUGAAUGGCACAAUUUUACCGAAAGAUACUAUGCUCAAUAUUGCAAUCAUCAUGUUGGGUUACAAUGACGAAAAUUUUCCGGAUCCUUAUCGUUGUGAUCCAGACCGUUUUGAUUUAGAUAAACAAGAUAAUAAGCUUAAUCCCUUUGCAUAUGUGCCUUUCAGUGCAGGACCAAGAAACUGCAUAGGUCAAAAAUUUGCACAACUGCAGUUGAAAACAGUGAUAUCUCGUAUUGUGCGCACAUUCCAUAUAUUACCUCCAACGGAUGAUUUAGUUUCUAAAAGCGGUUAUGUGCAGCACAGCUUUAGUCCAUAUAAGCAAGAUCAGACCCAUCUAAAGGAUAAUCAAAGCAAAUAUGAUCCAAUUUUAUCAGCUGUACUUACACUUAAAUCCGAUAAUGGUAUACAAAUACGUUUGCGGGAACGAUGA